AAGACACCGGCCCCAAUGGUGAUGUCAUAUGUCGUUACGCCAUUUUUGUUGGAGCGCAGUCGUGUUCAGAAAAGCAGGAUUAGAUUCAGUACAGGUACACAAAACGGUACCUUGAAUAAUCAUCUCUUUGAGUUAGUCCGGCAACCGACGGGACACCUGCUUGUCCUCCACAGUCACAAAAUGUCGUCAGAAAACCUGGACUCGGACACUCAGGUGGACUACGAGGACGAAAAACAGGACUCUCAAGAGAAGAAUGCAAACCCAGUUAAGGCAGAAGAGGCCAAGCUAAAGGCCAAGUAUCCUGGUUUAGGCCAGAGGCCUGGUGGGUCAGACUUCCUGAUGAAGAGACUACAGAAAGGGCAAAAGUACUUUGAUUCGGGUGACUACAACAUGGCCAAGGCAAAGAUGAAGAACAAGCAGCUUCCUGUGGCAGGACCUGACAAGAACCUGGUAACUGGUGACCACAUCCCCACGCCACAAGAUCUACCCCAGAGGAAGUCCUCCUUGGUGACCAGCAAGCUAGCUGGCUAGCCUUCAUCAUCCAAGAAGCACCCUCCCCUCCCUGGGAUUCCCAGCAAACGUCCCUCCUCCACCUUACCUGUAUCCCCAGUAUGUCCAUCCCCUUCCCUCUCUUCCUUUUACAUCCCCAGGCACCACUGGCUUUAACAUAUCGGGCAGAGUUGUAUAAGUUGAAACUCCAUUUGCUUGUAUGUGGGUGGGGCGGGAUGGGAGGGAUGGAGGUUUAGGCGGCCCACAAGUUUGCAGCCUUCUCUGUCUUCCCACCACGCACAGCUCUGCCCCCUCUGUGCACUCUGCGCUACCGCCUCCCUUAUAUCUUGGUUUUCAGUGUUCCAAGAUGCAUUACAGUAGGUGUGUGUGUUAUCGGGCAGGGUUUGGAUGGGAUGAGUUAAUGCACUUUGUAUUCUGUAUAGUAUUUUUUUUUUCUUUUUUUUUUGCAUCCUGAAUGACACCAAAAUAAUGUGUGUAAGGGAGUUAGGAACCAUGAUCACAGGGUGUUCUUUGAUCUUCAUGUUCCCUUUCUAUGGUGGCUAGCUUCAACAGGAGGGGUUUGAAGAUGUAUGUGAAUAACUGCUUGCUUACCAAAUCUGUGAGGGGCAGCUCAAGGGAUACUUGGCAUUCACCAACACCCUAUUGGGAAAUGAAUGGAAGGUUCCUUGCAUCUCACCCCUGUGGUCACUUUGUGAAAUAUAACCUGAGGACAACUGCUGCAACUCAUCCAGGCAGGGAUUUGAAACACUUUUUUCCCUGUUUCUGUGCUUCUGUUGCUUUCCUUUCUUACCCCUCUACUCCUGUUCUCUCUUUAAAAAAAAAAGGCUGCAUGUUUGUAAUAUGUAACAAAAAAAAGAUUUAAGAUGUUUUUGUAGUAGGAGUGGAGCAGCUGCUUAGUAAGUGAUCACAACAAACACCUGAAGCCCUGAAAUGUCCACAGUCACACUUCCUUACUUGCUUUGCUUUUUUGCUGUUCUGACAAUCCAUGUACACACACUCCUGUUUGCUGCCCAGGGUGGGAGCCAGCUGAGUAUAUCCUGGUAUUAUUUUUAAAGGCUGGGAAUCCUGCCAGCCUAUGAGCUCAGCCUUUGUUUGGUUGGUGUUGAGUUGCAUCAAGAUAUGUGUUAACUAUGAGCCUAAAAGAUUUGUUUGGGGGUGGGGUGGGGGGUUUGGAAGCACCCUGCAUAGAGUAUAUGCUUCUGUAAAUAAUACUCAAACAAGCACGUAACUCGUGAUAAGCUUAGCGCAUUGAGAACAGAACCAGCUAGCAUGCCUGAGAGAAAUGGUAGUGCUAUAUCAACUCAGUUGGGAUUACAUCCUAGGAUUUCUGGCUUGGAUAUUUUUUGCUUUAACAACAGAGCCAAAUUCCACAUUGCAAGUCCAGAGGCUGUGGAUACACUUGUCUUUUCAAUGUGGCUGUUGCUGUCUAGUCAUCCAGCUUACAUUGAAGUGUGAUGAGGGAGCUUUGAGCUUACACUGAUCUGGCUAAAGAUGUAAGGAGUGAUGUUACCAUCCACAUAACUUCCUGGCUAUCUUUGACACACUGAUACACUGCUAAAGGUUUUUGUCUAAACCGCAAAAGUCUCAUUGAGAUGACAAAAGUACCCAGAGACAUUGCAGUCAUUGUUGUCCUUCAAGGCCAUACGUAAAGUAAAUUUUCUCAUAGUACUUAAAGACUGACCAGUGAUGUUUAAUUUCUUGUAGGAAAAUGUUUCAACACUUAAGAAUAAACAGUAUGUCAACAUGGUUCCCUUAACAUCUGAUCCUCUUUCACAUUAUUAAACACUAAACUUAGUACUUCACUAAAAAUCUCAGCUGGACUAUAGACCUACUUUACUACCAGCACCUUGUAGAAGUUUCUUUGCAAACUCUCACUAUUCAUAUGGACGUUUGAUCUCAGGGGUGUCAUUGGGUAAACAGUAGGCAACCUGAUAAGUGCAGCUCUGAAAAUGAUCAUCGCAGGUUUAAAGUGGGACACUGCAUUUAUCCAGGAGCACCAAGACUUGGCAAGGCAGAGUGAGAUUUCAUAAAACAUGGUGAUGGGGGUAAUCCCACCUGUUAUCGUGAUUCAACCUCUAAAACAGGUCAAUGGAAUGAUCACUAAAUCUCUAGACUUUGAAUGUGCACCCUUCACACAUUCAAGAACCUGAACUGGAUGCCGUCACUCACUGAGAAUCAGUGUAAAUUACUGCUUCAGGGAACCUUCACAAACGCACACUCCACCACGUAGGCUAGGUAACAGGGUGCAUGCACCAUCACACUCUCAACCUCGCAUAUUUUUCAGUGAGACUUUAAAAUGUGUCAAAGUUGCAGUGGGUGAAAGAGGACUGACCCGUGCAUAUGUGCUUGCUGUGGUGGUGUAUGAAUGCACUGCUUUUCUCCGUUCCAGCUAUUGUAAAUAGACUUAAACAGGAAAUUAUUUUUGUUGUUUCCCACCUGCUUUUCACUCUUUCAUAGCCCGAGCGAUUUCUGAUUCUAUGGUUCCUCUCUCCUUUCUGUUUAACACUACUUCUGCUGUAUCUUAUCGUAUCGCAGAGGCUAUGUGAAUCUGUAUCAAAUGGAAAUAUGUGUAAAUGCUGCUGAUUCAGUCAAUGACAAAUCUAAGAGUGCAUACCCUGUAAAGAACACCUGUCUUCUUGAUUAUGCCAGUCUGACUCUUCUUAAGCAUCUCACUUUCAGAGUUCUAAAGCUCCUGUGGCAAAGUCUGGUUACAUGUUAACUAUGUUAAACUUCAACUUAAGUGCAAAUUAAAAAAACAACAAAAAAAGAAAAGUAUAUGUAAGUGCAUUGUUGGUUUGGAUCAUGUGGUCUAGCCAGAUCUUAAAAUUCUGAUCUGCUUUGCCACUUGAUACUGCAAAGAACAGACUAUUGUGUUUAAAAAGCCAACAUGUUUCUGCUUCAAGGAGUAAGGCUGGCUUAAUUCUUCUUCUUUCUUUUUUUUAAAAGGGCGAAUAUGCUGUGAUGCUAUGAAACAACAGUAAAGAGAGGUUCUUGAAUGCUACUUAAUGUUUGGCUUCGCACCAAGCAGUGCAGCAAGAGGAAAUGCCAGGAUAUGUUUCAAACCCAGUACACAGGGUGUCUCUUGUUCAGCUUUGAUAAAUAUGUGCCAGAAUGUAUAAAGAAAUUAACAGGCUGUGUGCUCUGAAGUACUCUUGUGCUGCUUUUACCUUAUCUGUUUUCUUGUUUUGCAAGUAAUAUUUUUUUUCUUGUAUUCUCUUAAUGAAUAAUUAGUAUAUUUCAUCCUGGCCCAAGAUAACUGCAGGGAAAUCAGAUGCACCCUUGCUUCCACAAAAAAAAAAAAAAAAAAAAAAAAUUAAGGGUUUACAUGAUAAACAG